AUGGGCAUUCUCGAUGAUGAGAUUCUGGAUGUUGUUCCUCUCUCUGUUAUUCCCUGCGAGGCCAUUGAUUUGAACCAACCCAUUGAUGCUUUAGCUUCUGCAUGUUCUAACCAAGGUAACUCCUCUAGUAUUCCCUCUGGUUCAACUCCUGCCACUAAUUCUAAGGAAGAUAUAUACCACACUGAUCGUGUUAUAAGAAACCUGGUCACUAGAAUCCUUAAUGAAGGACACUCUAUGAAGCGAGUUUCUACUACCCUUUCUCAAAUGUACCCCUCUCUUGAGCUUGAACAACAUAGUGGUAAGGAUGACGAUUCCUCCAGUUCUGAGAAGGACUUGGUUGCUGAAGGGUUGUGCUCUCUAGGGAAAACCGUGUCUGAAAAAGGAAAAUCUGUGGCAUCUAAAACUGCCAAUGCUUCCCACUCUGAGAAGCAUGAUGUGAUUGAUCUAGAGGAUGGUAGCUCUGAUGAUCAACAGGAAAGCUUACUUCAUCACCUAAAGCCAUGUGUGGCUAAAUGCAUGAAGACUCGCAAAGGAAGAUCUGUGGCUGAACAUAUGUCAGCUAGAAAAGCUAAGAAGAAUACUGGUAUUGGUCCCUCCAAAUCUUGGAGCAAGAAAACCACUGCUAGGAAGUCUCCUGUUAAAGUUCCUGUUGUUCAUUUGGAUAACAUCUCUUUCCAUCUUGAGGAUGGAGCUGCCAAGUGGAAAUUUGUCAUUCAAAGAAGGGUGGCUGUGGAAAGGGAGUUGGGAAAAGAUGCUGCUGAUGUCAAGGAGGUCAUGGACCUGAUAAAGGCUGUUGGGUUGUUUAAGACUGUGGCUGGGUUCUCUCAAUGCUAUGAGGGUUUAGUUAAGGAAUUCAUUGUCAACAUUCCUGAGGAUAUUACUGAUAAGAACAUCAAGGAGUUCUGCAAGGUGUUUGUGAGGGAAAGAAAAAUUGAGGGUGCAGUUGAAUUAGAAGUUACAGACAAUGAGGUCUGUAGAGAAAUUAUAGUUAGGCAGGUGAAAGGAGCUGCAAAUUGGGUCCCUACCAACCAUAUUUCCACUAUUGCUAAUACCCUUGGGAGGUUUAUUUUUGUUGUUGGAACCAAACUGAAAUUUGACUAUGGUAGAUUUAUGUUUGAAGAAAUCAUCAAGCAUGCAUCUUCUAAUGCAAUUAAACUCCUAAUUGCCUUUCCCUCAAUGAUCUGUGGAAUUAUCUUGAAUCAACACCCUGGUAUUCUAUGCUCUAGUGACUUACCUAGUAGUAAAAAACCUGCUCUGUCUGUGCACUAUAAACUAUUUGAAGGCAGUCAUGUCGAGGAGAUUGUCAUGACAUCAACCAUGAAAAGGCCAACCUCAAAAGUUGGAACUAUUGUUGAGCUUAAGGAGACAUGCAAAGAGCUAGGUGAAGGGAUAAGGAUAGCCACAGCUAGAAAACAAUCGUUGGAAGCCUUGAUUGCAAUCUUGGAGCAGGCUGAAGGUGAAAAUAUUGAUCAUGCAAAUGUCAGCCAUGAAGAAGGAGCUGGAGCCCACACCUCUAGUGAGAGGUAUUCUAACCAUGAUGAUACAAGUGGAAAUUAUGCUGAGGAAGCUGCAAGCUCAAGCUCUACUGAGUAG